UGUAGGCCAGUGAGUGGCGAUGGCGAAUAUGAAAGCAGUGACUUCGCUUCUCUGGAAAGCGUUUUUGUUAUUGAUUCUUGUACCCACCCAUGAUGGUGCCAAGCAGAAUUCAAAAGGACUCAUUAUGGAAAUUGAUGACCUCAAAGAAUUAAAAAAACUUGUUCGUACCAAGACUAACCUCUUAAUUAUAUUUGCAAAAUCAGAAAAAGCAAUAUCGAACUCCAUGUCCUUGUUCAAUGAUGUUGCCACGGAAAUGAAGGGGAAGGCUACUCUGGCUCUUGUGGACUGCAGUGAAAGCAAGAAAUUGUGUAAGAAUCAGAAAGCAUCCCCAAGUCCUAUGGAACUGAAACACUUUAAAGAUGGCAGUUUCAACAAAGAAUAUGACAGAAAAAUGGUGAAGAAGUCAAUGGUAAACUUCCUGUUGGACCCAACAGGAGACAUACCUUGGGAGGAGGAGCCGGAUGCAGGAGAUGUUGUCCAUCCUGAUACACCACAGAGUUUUAACAAGCUACUCAAAAAAGAAAAGGGUCCAAUGUUGGUGAUGUUUUAUGCUCCAUGGUGUGGAUUCUGUAAGAGAUUAAAACCAGACUUUUCUGCUGCAGCUACAGAGAUGAAGGGAAAAGCUGUGUUGGUGGGUGUGGAUGUAGACAAACCACAACAGAUGCAGCUCAGGAUGGACUACAAUAUCACAGGAUUUCCAACCAUCUAUUAUUUUGAGAAAGGCAAAAAACUUUAUCUAUAUGGAGGUGAAAACAAUAAAGAAGGCAUAAUUUCAUGGUUGAAAAAUCCUGGACCUCCAUCAGAGAAGCCAAAAGAGGCAGAGUGGGCAGAUGAGCCUUCAGAAGUUGUCCAUUUGACCGACAGUAAUUUCCAGGAGUACAUAAAGACACACCCCUCUGUACUUGUCAUGUUUUAUGCACCAUGGUGUGGCCACUGUAAACAAAUGAAACCAGAUUAUGCAAAGGCAGCUGAAACACUAAAGGAGGAAAAUAUUGAAGGUAUCUUAGCUGCAGUUGAUGCUACAAAAGAGAAAACAGUUGGAGAUCAGUUUAGCAUAAAAGGAUUUCCAACAGUUAAAUAUUUCAAGGAUGGGGAAUUUGCAUUUGAUGUAAAUGAAAGAACAGAAGAAAAAAUAGUAGAAUUUAUGAAAGAUCCAAAGGAGCCCCCUCCACCUCCACCUCCAGAGCCUAAAUGGGAUGAAACGGAGAGUGAAGUGUCUCACCUUACUGAUGAAAAUUUUAAAUCUACUCUGAAGAAAAAGAAGCAUGGCCUUGUCAUGUUUUAUGCACCAUGGUGUGGACAUUGUAAAAAGGCUAAGCCUGAAUUUACACAGGCAGCUGCCAAACUUAAAGAUGAUUCCAAGGUCCUGUUUGCUGCUAUUGACUGUACUGUGCACUCCACAUCCUGUACAGCUCAUGAAGUGACGGGUUAUCCAACAUUUAAAUACUUCAAGUAUGGGAAGUCUCCUCAGAACUACAUGGGUGGUAGAGAGGAGGCUGACUUUGUGAACUUUAUGAGUGACCCACAGAAUCCUGGGGCCUCACCUCCAGCUCCUGCUGUAGAGACCCCUGCCCAACAGUGGGCAGAGGUGGUCGGCAUGGAAAAUUUACGAUUCCUUACCACUGACAGCUUUGAUAGCUUCCUCCAGGAACACAACUCUGUACUUGUCAUGUUUUAUGCUCCAUGGUGUGGACAUUGUAAAGCAAUGAAACCAGCCUAUGGAGAGGCAGCUACUAUUCUUAACGACCAAGAGGUUAAUGGAGUUUUAGCAGCAGUUGAUGCUACAUUAGAGCCAAAUCUUGCCUCCAGGUUUGGGGUGAAGGGAUACCCUACAUUAAAAUAUUUCAAAGAUGGACAAGAAGCAUUUGAAUACAAUAAGGGAAGAACUACAAAUGAUCUUGUUAGCUUUAUGAAAAAUCCAAGUUCAAAGGAACCAACACCUCCAGCCAAAGAAGAAUCCUGGAGCGAUGUCCCAAGUGGAGUGAAACAUCUUACAGAUGACAAUUUCGCAUCAGAAAUGGCCAAAAUGGAUUCAGCUCUAGUAAUGUUUUAUGCUCCUUGGUGUGGCCACUGUAAAAAGGCUAAGCCAGCAUUCCAGGCAGCAGCUGACAAGUUAGAAAAAAUGGAAAAGUCUCGUGGCUUUGUUGCGGUUGAUUGCACCGUAGCUCAUGACACUUGUGAGAAAGGAAAAAUAGAGGGCUUCCCUACCUUUAAGCUGUAUGUAAAGGGGGAUUUCCUGAUAGAGUACAAUGGUGAACGAACUGAAGAUGAAUUCCUCAAAUAUAUUCUCAAUGCACCAACUGCUAAUAAUAAAGAUGAGUUAUAACAUAAUGAAAUCCAAUUUUAGAAAUAUUUAUAUGAAAAUUAUAAAAUAAAAUUUUACCAUGUUUU